UCCUGCGUGCUCCCCGCAUUCACGCAGGCAUCGCUCACAUGCGGCAUUGCGACAUCACCUCUGGACUCUGAUUGACACUCCCCCUAGUCGCAGAAAUGGCGGAUCUUGAUCCUGCUACCGAAGAGCGCUUGAAAGCAGCCCUCUGGUAUCACAUUGGUCAAUUCGUGGACGAAGAAUGCCUCCGACAGAACUUCAAUGCCACACCACAGUUCAUCGGCGCCUUGACAGAGCUCGUCUGGGCGCAGAUAGCAAACGCGUCGAAAGAUCUCGAGACCUUCGCAAAACACGCUGGGCGUAGUACGGUCAACACAACGGACGUCCUCUUGCUCGCCCGCCGUAACGAAGGGCUUGAGUCUCUUCUGCAUAGAUUCGUUGAAGACCUGAGGGUGAAAGAAGGCCGACCAGGACAAGCAAGCACUGGUGCUAAGAGCAGAGGCAAGGGAACCUCUGGCCGAGGUGCGAGCGUAGCUGGUGCAAGAAGGGGAAGAGGUCGCACGAAAAUGAAUUGAAUGUGUGGUGAAUCACGCCCAUCACAAUGCACACACUGUUCGCCACCCUUGGACAGGCGCGAUCGAUAGGAAGCGAAACCUGCUUCACUGACUCACCAUGCCAACAUUCCUGCCCAGUUGCCCUGUAUAUUGCCCGGCCAGCCUCAUUUCGA